UAACUACGUAUCAGCUAAAAAGAAGCGAAAAAUACAGAAAAUAAUGUUUACACUACUACAUUCUACAUCUAGAUCUAGUGUCUAGGUUCUAGAGCUCUAGAGUUAGACUCUAGAUCUAGAAUCUAGUAUUUAUACUAAGUCGACUAAGACUAGAUCGAGUCUAGAAGUUACCGAAUCUAGAUCUAUAUAGUAGUUCUAUACUCUAAGUCAGUCUUUAUCAGUUUAUCAUGCUUGUCACUUAAUCAUUGAGGAAAAGAAUAACAAAUGGCUCUAGUACACUGGAAAAUAUUGGAGUUUCCCAAAAGGCUACACAUAAUGGUCAAAGACUAUUUUAAAACUCUUCGGAUAAUUUACUUGUCCUUGUGCUACAACCAUUUCACAACCUGCAGUACAGUCCUUGAUACAGCAUGUGAGCCUAUGUUCUGGAUUGUGGAUCAUACAACACGUUUUAUGGGACCAAUUAUGGUGACAUUAGUUGUUCUACUAACAACUAUGGUUGUCAUGGUUUUCUACAUUUGCAUAUUUCCUCAUAUUUAUUACCAAAAAGACAUUCUCUGGAGUGGUUUUCAUCUGUUUUUUUCUCACUGGCUGUUAAUGAAUAUUGUAUUCAAUUAUGUUAUGGCAGCUUUCACUAACCCAGGACACCCAUCACAGAAUGUCUCCCAAGUUGUUUCUAUAUGUAGAAAGUGUGUUGCUCCGAAGCCUCCUCGUACCCAUCACUGCACUAUAUGUGCUUCCUGUGUAUUGAAAAUGGAUCACCAUUGUCCUUGGCUGAAUAACUGUGUUGGUUUCUACAAUCAUCGUUACUUUUUUCAGUUUGUUUUCUAUAUGUGGUUUGGUACAGUCUACACUAGUCUUGCUGGCUACGAUGUAUUCAAGCAGCACUUUUUUGGGAACAAGGAGUUGGUUGUACCAGCUUUUUUUUUCCCUGUUAACAUGGCAUACCAUCUACUGACAGACAAAAGAAGUGACAAACAGAAGAUAUACAGCAACAUGUCAGCACCAAUGAUGUUUGAUUCACACAAAUUAGCUAACGAGGGCUUAGAGGAUGAUGACAUCAAAGCCACCUUGGAAGAUCAACUAAUUCACAAUGCUAUCAUACUGCAAUUCUUGCUUUGUGCUGGGGUUGCAGUAGCCCUAGGACUGCUAGGUAUCUGGCAUGCAAGACUUAUCUCAAGGGGAGAAACUAGUAUAGAGCAGCACAUCAAUAAAAGGGAGAGAAUUAGAAUGCGGAAGAAAAAUUUAGUUUACAGAAAUCCAUAUAAUUUUGGUUUCAUCAAAAAUUGGAAAAUGUUUUUAGGCCUGGGAAAAGGAAGGACAUUUUUUAGACAUAUAUUAUUUCCAUCAUGCCACGAUCCCCUGGGGGAUGGCAUCAUGUGGGAAACUGUGACAUUCAAGUUGGACCGCAGUCCAACAGUGUUAGACCUCUUAUGACAUAAGCUUAAAGUAAAUUAAAAAAUUGUUGGUCUUUUUUUUUUUUUUUACAUUCCUGAUGCCUAUUGUUUAAAUUUGUUGCUUUUUUAUAGUCAAAUAUUUGCGCUUGUAGUGGCUGUUGCUAAGCUGAGAAUCUAUCAAAUUGUAAUAAAAUAGGUAAUGAUUAGAAUGAAUUGUACAUUAUUGAAUUUAAUUCAAUAUUAGUCUAAGAAUAUUAAUUGACAGCAGAGGAGAACAUUUUAGUUUGAAUAUAUAUAAUCUGUGAUUUUUUACCUUGAUAUUUCCUUUGUAUGUUACAUUAAUCUGAUAAUCUUCGGGCUAGAAAUGAAAUGUUUCAAUAGUUCAAACAGUAAGCAUAAUAAAGCUGAACUUACAGGACUGAUAAAAAAUGUGAAUUGUUUUCUGACAGGACAUAAAAAGAUCUAAAAAAAUCUGUGUCUGAAAUUACCAGGAAAUUUUUUAAAAAGGGGAGGGGGGAUAAAGAAGCAAAAUCAAGACAUAGUCAAUAAAUUUGUAAAUCACUUCCAUAAUUUAAUUGAUGUGACCAGGUAAAUCUGAUGGAUGCAGAUAAUAGAGAUAUAUACAGGUUUGAUGGCAGUGGAAGGUUAGGGAGAGGCCCUCAAACACAUCUAAAUUUGAAAGGUUCCACAAGAUGGUAUAGGUUUUGAAACUUUGAAAAGUAGAUUGCUAAGAACAAGAGCAACUACUGUAAAGGAAAAAUGUUUCCAUUGAAAUUGAAAACCUCAGACAAAUGAAUGAUACAACAAGAUGGCUACUACCUUUUUUUUGUGUGUGGUUUUUAAUUCAUUUCAUUACAUCUCUUUCAAAAGUAUGUUAUCUACCUUAUCACUCUUUCAAAAUCAUAGGAGUUAUCUGCCUUAUCAGAAUUUCGAUGGAUGGGCAUAAGUUUUAGAAUCUCAAAAGAGGUCAGAAAUAUUGUCUCAUCAUUCAAGGAUUGUUUGAAAUACUGUCACAUCAAUAAAUAGAUAGUUUACCUACAGUGUGUUUGUUAAGUCAUGUAUUUUUAAUUUUUUUUAAAAUUUUGUCACCAUGUUUUUGUAUGCUAUGUUAAUAAUCUGAAUAGAGAGGAGUUAUGCGUGAACCUAAUUGAUAUUUCAAACAAAUUACCUAUUUUAUUACAAUUUUAUAUUCACAUUUGUCACUACUUCAUAAAUUAUCAUUAAUAAUAUAUUCAAAUAAUUUUUGUUAUAUUAAAAUAUGGGAAGAACAAGCGCAUCAAAGCUGAAUUAAAAAAAAAAAAAGAACGGGAGUAAAUAUUAAAUUAUGUUUGUAAAAUACUAUAGGGUUAAAGUUGGGACUGUCUCUAUUAGUCAAGUACUGGAUGCCAUAUUUUGUAAUACAUUUGAUUUUCAUACCUGUAUUUUUUAAAUAUACAUGAUUAGUUUGGAAAUAUCAAGUUUUAUAUCAAACCCUGAUUAGGGUUAGGGUUCAAUUCAUGAAUGGCUUAAGUCAUAAAGCCAGGACAUUCUAGAUGACGAAAAUAAUCAAACUGAACCUUAUGUGAACAAGUAGUCAUGAACUUUACAAUAUUGAACUUUGUGCAAUAUUCUCAUUUUAUAUGGUGAAUGAGUCCGCUGUAUAACAAAGAAUAUUUUCUCAUCUGUGAAUGUUUCUGUAACAGUAUUAAGUUUACAAGUUCAAUGUGCUUACCAUAUAUUUGUUGAUUGUAUUUGAUUGAGUUGCAAUUAUUUUUUAGAAGUUGAAUAUAUACCAACAUUCAGUUGUAAAUGUUUUCUAUUUAAAAAAAAAAGUCCUAGACUGUAGGCUCUACUUUUAAUUAACAAACUGAAUAUCAGAGCAAAGUAGGAGAGCAAGUGUACUUUCCAUGGAACAAAACUCUUUCCAUUCAAACUUUAUUUUUGUUCUUUCCCCUUGAACAUGUUUAAGAUUAAUGCAUUUAGUUGAUGUUUAAAUACAAAAAAAACUUGAUUUAAUAGAAAUAUUUUUGUUCUUUGUGACUUUGUGUUUCUAGUUGAAUGAAAAUGUUAGUCUACGUUUCAAUGUCAUUUGACAACAUAAAAAAAUAGCCUGUAAAUAUUUGUUAACAAAAACUCUGGUUAUAAAUUUUAACAUUAUAAAUUACAUUUUUCAAUUUAUUUUAAAUAAAAAUAAUGCAUCAUUUUAACUCUUAUUUGAUUCAGCAGUCUGACUAUUGAUUCUAUUUCAAAAUACUUUUCAACCUGUUUCCACUCACCAUACCAGUCAACAAAAAUUCUGUCCAGUGCAAUGAUAACUAAUUUUAAGUUUAAAAGAUGGUUUUCUUUUAUUUUGUACUAUUUGUCUCAUUUGUAUACCAGUACUUUCAAAGUAAUUUUUGUCUUGUUGAUUUUCUAUACUGCUAUGGAAAUGUCUAUAAAUAAAUACAUAUACCUAUUCACAUAAA